AACUUGUGGUCAGUUCCGAAAGAAAAGGAGAAGUGUCCCAGAGACGGCAGCAGGGAACGGUUAUAGACAACUCAGCAGCACGUUCCAGUCCAGUCUUCUCCAUCCUGCUCAAGAGGAUCUAUUGCGCUGAAGUGCUUUGUUCCUUUCCCCUGGAUCGCAGCCCACCUGACCAGGGCAGGAGGGUACCUUCAGCCCAAGAUGGACCCUGGCAUCCUGGUGCUUCUGGUUGCAGCUGGCAUCUGGCAUGGCUCGGCAUCUCCGACAAUCCAGCCGAAUGUCACCUCCCUGCUUGUGAACAAAGACGACCCCGUCAGCUUGCACUGCUCUGGGGAUGUCGGUGUGAAGUGGGUCAGCCCAACACAGAACAGAAUUGUGCACUCCAACGGUACUACCAGCACUCUCCGGAUCACCCACGCCACUUUCAGGGACGUGGGGACCUACGAGUGUUCUUAUACCAACAGCAGUGACACGGCAACAGCCUCCAUCCAUCUCUUUGUGAAAGAUCCGCAGAAUGUCUGGAACACCCCUCGCUUCAGCGUUAGAAAGAGCGAAGGCCGGGACGCCCAGCUCCCGUGUCUCAUCACUGACCCCGAGUAUGGGGCCAAUGUUACCCUGCUGAAGGACAAUUCUCCAGUCCCACCAGGGGCUAAGUUUUCUUUCAGCGCUCAGGAUGGCAUAACCAUCUACAAUGUGCAGCAAGCCGAUAAAGGAUCUUACAGCUGCCAGGCCCUGAUCAACGGGAAAGUGGAGAAGUCAAAGACAAUCAGGCUGAUUGUUCUAACAGCUACAACAAAGCCAGUCUCCGUCACAGUGGAGCAAAAGGACCAUGUGCGAAUAGAGGGAGAAAGUUUCGAGAUCACCUGCAAAAUAACCGCUCCUUCCCAUAAGUUUCAUGAAGAGUGGGCCCAUCCAGCUAAGAAUGUCAACACCACCAAGAGCAUCAGCUAUCACAAUGAGGACUACCACGUUUCCUCCAUCCUAUACAUUCCAGCAGUGACCAUAGGAGACAGUGGGAAAUACACUUGUAUAGUAAACAGUCCUGUGGGAUCCCGUAAUUCUUCAGCUGUGCUCGAGGUUGUAGAGCGAGGUUAUGUACGUCUGCUGCCCAUGCAGAACAGCAGUCAGGAAAUAAAGUUGGGAGAAAAUCUGCAACUGCAGGUCCUGAUUGAGGCGUACCCCAAACUUAGCAACUGGAGUUGGACACAUGAGAAUUCUUCAAGACGCUCUGCGCGCUCCUUAACCAACGACCAGAUGACCCAUGGUAACAACAGGUACAACAACACGCUCUCCUUGAACCGGCUGAAAGAGGAAGAAAGCGGACUCUAUACAUUCUCUGCAGCAAAUGAGGCGGCCCACGCAUCCGUCACCUUCAGCAUCUCCCUGAAAUUCCCUCCUAAUGUCCUUUCUGUCACGAACGCAUUGAACGACUCCAAGAGCCUUCGCUGUAUAGCCACUGGUUAUCCUGCUCCACGUAUUGAGUGGUAUCGAUGCCCAGGUCGCGCAGACAGAUGUGACCAGGGGAAAACACUGAUUCUGAAUGAGACCAGCCCCCGGAUCCUAGGCAAAGAGCCCUUUGGAAAGGUGGAAGUAGAGAGCAUCCUUCAAACUAAGGAGCUGGAGGACAACGUUACCUUUUGCUGCUGGGCCAUUAACAGUGAGGGAAAUGACUCACAGACACACUACUUAGUCCUUCCUUCAGAAGUCCGGAUCCCACACAAGCUCUUCAACCCCGUCCUCUCCAUCUUCUUGGCAACGCUGGUCCUGCUUUUCCUGCUGCUCCUCUUCCUACUGUACAAAUAUACUCAGAAACCAAAAUACCAGGUGCGGUGGAAGAUCAUUGAGGCCUGCGAAGGGAAUAACUACAUCUUUAUUGACCCCACCCAACUGCCGUACAACGAGAAAUGGGAAUUCCCCAGGAAUAACCUGCAGUUUGGAAAGACUCUGGGAGCAGGAGCCUUUGGAAAAGUGGUGGAAGCCACUGCUUUUGGGCUGGGGAAGGAAGACACUGUCCUCAAAGUGGCUGUGAAGAUGCUCAAAACAACAGCCCACACAGAUGAGCAGGAGGCCCUUAUGUCCGAGCUGAAAAUCAUGAGUCACUUGGGCCACCAUGAGAACAUUGUGAACCUACUGGGAGCCUGUACUUAUGGAGGCCCAAUUCUGGUCAUCACGGAGUACUGUCGCUAUGGAGAUCUGCUGAAUUUCCUGCGGAAGAAGGCGGAGUCCAUAAUCAUCCCAGACUCGCCCCUGGACUCCUCUCUGGAUAGCACGGCCGAUUACAAAAACAUCUAUCUGGAGAAGAAGUAUGUCCGAAGUGACAGCGGGUUUGGGAGCCAGUGUUUGGAGAACUAUGUUGAAAUGAGACCAGUGCCAUCAGACUCCACGCCAGCAGGAAGUAAAUUGCAAGGCAAGAGUGGAGGGGAAGAACAGGAGGAUACUCGGCCCCUGGAUCUCGGUGACCUUUUGCAGUUCUCCAAUCAGGUGGCUCAGGGAAUGGCCUUCCUUGCCUCAAAGAAUUGCAUCCACCGAGAUUUGGCAGCAAGGAAUGUGCUAGUGACCCACGGGCGAGUGGCCAAAAUCUGUGACUUCGGGCUGGCAAGAGACAUCAUGAAUGAUUCAAACUAUGUUGUCAAAGGCAAUGCCCGGCUGCCAGUGAAGUGGAUGGCUCCAGAGAGUAUCUUUGACUGCAUAUACACAGUGCAAAGCGACGUCUGGUCCUACGGCAUCCUCCUCUGGGAGAUCUUCUCCCUGGGUAAAAGCCCAUACCCUGGUAUGCUGGUGAACAGCAAGUUUUACAGCAUGGUGAAGCGGGGUUAUCAGAUGGCCAGACCAGACUUUGCGCCUAUGGAAACGUACUGCAUCAUGCAAGCAUGUUGGAAUCUGCAACCCACACAACGGCCCACCUUUGACCAGAUAUGCCACUUCAUUCAAAAGCAACUGGAUGCCAACAAGGAACAGGACUACACAAACCUCCCCAGUAGCUCAGAGGAAAACAGCGUGUGUGAGCCCUCUGACUGCUGUGAAGAGUCCUGUGAGCAAGGAGAUAGCAGUCAGCCUCUUCUGAAGAGCAACAACUAUCAGUUCUGUUAAUUUUAAGGUCAAAUUUGGAUGGAUCUUGCGCCAUCCUUGGCAAAGGACAGGUCACUCUUGGCUUAGAAGGCAGGUUCCUCAUUCUCAGUGUCUCCUUAUCUCGUGCUUUUGGAAGCAUGAAAGAAUAAGAGAACUCCCUCUUCCCCCCAUGAAAGGGCAUCAUUAGAGGAGCUAAGAACCAACAUUCACGCGUGAGGCUUGCAGUUGUGUUGAAAUAUAGCACAAAGUCAUCAGGAAUGUUAAACAUAAUCCACACGUCUGUGGAGCGUUUUGGAUUCCCUUAGAGUCUCCCACCAACUCUGAUCACACAUAGGCCCAUUGAUGCCGUUCUCCUGACAAGCAGCUCCUAACUCCAUGCUAGCCAGUUCUUACCUGCGUUGUUCCACAUGGAUAUGCAUUUCCAUAGGUGAGUGUGUGCGUGCAUUCAGGAGAGCUUCAAAGCAACCCACUAACUCCCUGCGACAGCUCUCCCUGUUAGAGAGAGAAACCACCAGCUUUUUUCCUUCACUAGUCUCCCUCUGCUCCAUCUAUGCAUGUUACAGAGUAUUAGUUGUAGCAGAAAAGCUUCUCUCCAAGCAUUAUGCAAGUGGCAGACCCCACAUUCCAGCUCAGCGCAGAUGAGGAUGCUGCACUUCACUUCACUCAAACUGCUGCUGAAGCUACACUUAGCAUUACAGAUUGGGAGGACAGUGCCUUUGAACCAUUACUGCUUGAACAGGUGCAUGUCCUCCAGUGAAACGUGAAGUCCGGCCAUGCUCCCUUCCAACAAGGCAUGGAACAUAAAUUCCCAUCAAGGAAGGAAUGGCAGCUUUUUAUAUUGAUCGGAACCAGCUCAGCAUUACACACAUUCUCUAAUGCAUGCUUGAAUUAUUGAACGAUUCAUGUAGCAACUCAGCAACCACUGCCUGUACCAAACCAUUAGGGGAAUGUUUUAAUGUAGAUAGUUGCAUUUUGAUAAUGUUAUACAAGAUUGUUUUUUUAAUAAGCUAGGGGCCUGGGCCCUCACAGGGAGCUUUUCUAAAUCUUGAAUUCUUUUGCUCAGGGUUAUUGAAUUUACGCAGCAGCCUAGUUUUAAGAUUAUUCUAUAUUAGCAUAAGACUUCCAGGGCGGGGGGGGAUCUCUUAACGAAUAAUAGCCUUAUCUGACUCCAAAGUAUAAUCAUGUGACAGGGUAUAUACACUGACUUGGCUUAGGCUACUGGUAAUGAACAACAGCUGCUACAUAAUUUGGCCUUUAUCAGACUACUACUACUUUGUGGGCCAUUUUUAAUUAAACUUUAAACCAUGCAGUGAGUGAAAUCAUAUGUUGAAAACAAAUUAUUCCUUUCCACUAAAUACAAGCUCAUGCAUUUCCACUUGUCAGCCUUAUGACAAAAAUAAAACUAACAUGAUUAACACAGCAAUAUUGUGCGGUUUUUUCCCAGAUGACCUCAGACUUUCAUUUCCUCCAUCUCCCUCCUUCAGGUGUAAGAGAAAGGGCAAAGCCUAGCGUCUCUCUAGACACUACUGAUUUGCUCUGAUAAUUAUUUAGGUAGCUAACAAAUCCCUUCUUUUUUCUAGUUGAUGGAAUGUUGAUUUGAUUAAACACUGACAAACUUGUUAAUGGCCAGCUUCUUGUAAUCCGAGAGGCCUAUCCAUUAUUGAGAGAAAUUAAAUAGAGAGAGGAGAGAUGCAACUGCAGAAUAUCUUCAGUCAUGGGUUAAAACACAUGUGGGAAGAAACUAGAUCAGGCUAUGGCAUGCACCUGCUGUGCCAUGCACUGGGUACAGUGGAUACUAGGGUAAACAAGAUGGGUUGGCAUAGUUUUGGAGAGAUCAGGGCAGCUUUCCUUCUAAUUUUCCAUCCAGGUGUGGAAUAAAUGUUGUUACAUGCACCGAGGCAAGUACAGAUGUACACCAGCAAUAGAAAUACAUCCUACCAGCUGUGGGCACGCUGCUAAUCAGCUGGACAGCACCUGAAUCUCUCAUGAGUGACCAUCCAACCGCUCAGCUUACAGGGAACACUGGAUCAGGGUAGCAAUGGCCUUCUGGUUUCCAAAGAAAGUUCCUCUUUAGCUCCAUUGCACCUUCAGGAUCUGUUCCAUACUAACGCACAUUUGAAGUAGCAAAAAGCUGAGGAUGAAAGAGAAAUGAUUAAAAAAAGCUCACGAAUGCUCAAGGAGAGGCUUAUUGCUGAGGUGUCACCUGCUGCAAUUUUCCCCUCCCACAAGCUUUUUUGUUAUCAGCACAGUACAAUUAAUUGAAAGAGAAUCUUGUCUCAACCCCUCUUCUCCAAUGCUGCAUCUUAGCUAUUUGGCAGUUGAGAACUUCGUUCUCACACGGAGUGGUCCAAUACUAAUUCAACCCUCAUGUAACUGAAUGAGUGGAGUUACACAAACGAAUGAAUUGGACCUGUUGUGCAGGGAACCAAAACCUAAAUCUUACAUGUCAUGCUUGCACCAUGAAGAUAAAGUAGGCAUCAGUGAAAAAGGGUUUUGGGUUUUUUUUUUUAAAUAUUAUUGUGUUUACCUCCAGAAGAGCAGAUGAUGCAUGAAUCUUCCACAUGAACAUGUGAAUAUUUGACCCUGACAUGUUUUACAGUUCGGCAACAGGAUUCUCUCUCUCACAGGCUGCCUUAUAUUUCCAUUUAUAGGAGCAACUCCGUAAUUGUAUUUCAAAAUGUAAUUUUUUUUUUAAAACCUCACAGAUUCCACACUGGAGUUAGGAGCCCAGGUAGUCUCUGUAUUUGCCUCUUUCAGAACAUAGUGCUGCAGAAAAGACCAACGAUUUUUUCCUACUUGUUCUUCACACGCAGUCCACUUGGCUGUGAGAUGUGGACGUG